GGAUAGUGUGCUUGGUGAGAUGCAUUUACAUUUUCAAUGGCUCUAACGGACCGUCUGUGGUUACUCUCCAGUUUAUGUCAGGUAGUUUUGCUGACCUGUGAACAGCUUUUACAUCCACUGGAGGUUGAAGUUGUUUUUGAGUCCUUCCCUAUCAGUCAGGACGCAGACAGCUACACAGUCACCUGUAGAUCUGCAGGUAACUUUCUGAUUCACACAACAAGCAUUGAUAAUUCAGCAUGCUCAGCUGACUGCAGGAUAUCCUUGCAAAUGACUGAGGACGAAAGGAAGUAUAACAUUGUGCUAAAAGCCAGCAGGAAUGAUACCUUGCUGGAAACAAAAACUUUUGAUUUUAUUCCAUUGUCCUCAUCCUCCUUUCAUGUAUUCAGUACAGCUACUACUGUCCAACUAAAAUGGACCCUUCACAGACAGCAGAGCAUGUCCACUUUGACUCUACACAACAUGCACACGCAAUCUGUCAUAGAAGUCUUUAACAUAAACCCCUCAGAGGUGAAUUCCAGGCACACGAUACAAGGUCUUCAGCCUGGUACACAUCUCAAGGCCGAAGUAACGGUGACUACAUUUCUCAAACAACUUGGUGUCACCUUAAAACAGAAACUCAGCAUUUUUCUGGAAACAGCUCAGUGUCCACAAGGCUGGUUGGCCAAUGAGAGAAGCUGCUACAGUGUGAGAAGAUCAGGUUUGAACUGGAGUGAUGCGCAGCACAGCUGCACAGACCUGGUAGCUGGAAGCCACCUGGUUAACCUGAAGACCCCAGAAGAUCUGCUGUUUGUAUCUUCAUACCUCCUCGCUGAUGACAACCUGCUACUGCUGUGGACAGGACUUAAUGAUCAACAGAAGGAAGGUCACCCUCUCUGGUCUGAUGACUCGCCUUAUAAUCAAACAAACACCAUGAAGAGUCUUCUACCAGCCAGUCAGACAGACUGUUUUGCCUUUCAGAGGAAUGCCACAGGACCAGGAUACUUUCUAAUGCCAUUCUUCUGUGACAUUCCCUUACCCUUCAUCUGCCAAUAUCAGAUUCCUUCAACCCCUGCUUCAUUCUCAUUUGACCUGGUUCAGGUGACAGAGCAGCAGGUACAGCUUCGCUGGAGUGACCUCUCCCACUUUAACUUACCUAAUCUGUCAUCAUUUAAGAUAAUACUCCAGUAUCAAGAAAGGGAAAAUAGCAAGCCCGGUUAUAUUGAAGAAGAUGGAUGCAGAGUACCAGAGGAGAAAAAGAAGACAAAAAGCCAGAAGAGUUCCAGAAAAAUGAUCAGGGUCCCUAUUUCCCUCUCACUUAGAGAGGUAACCUUGACAGCUUUAUCUCCAGGGAGCAUCUACUCUUUCACCCUUCACGCCUCUCACCCUACUGGCCUCAGCUGGAGUUUGGGGAAAACACUUAUUGCGUACAUGAGACCUUCUCCUCCACAGAACAUUAGCAUUGGCUCCAUUACAGCCAGUCAGAUUAGGGUCAACUGGAUGCUGUCAGGUGCACAGUGUGUAGCUGGAUGGACAUUUGCUGUACACUGUGAAGACAUGAUUUCGAGGCAGGAGAGGUUAGUUAACAACAUCUCCAGGGUGGUAAGGGCUGAUGGGAUGCAUUUCUACUCAGCUGUGAUUGGAGGACUUGAGUCUUACAGAAAACACAGGGUUGAAGUCUUUACAGUUACACGCCAUGGGAUUCGAAGCUGUGGACAGGUGCCUCUGACUUUACAGACCGCGGUGAAGCCUCCUUCUGGUCUGGUGGUGUUCAGCAUGGGGACAAACCUGUCACUUUGCUGGUCCACUCCACCUGAUGAUCCUCCAGAUGGUUAUUACGUCACAUCCCACCCACUUAAUAAUCUUACUGCCUCUGUACUUUGGAUAAACCAGUCCAGCUCUGAUGCACUAUGGGAAGACAAAUCCAUUUGUGUUUAUCUGGGAACAUUUACUCCUGGUCAAACAUAUGAAGUGGGUGUCAUGGCUUUGAGGGGAAAUGACAAGAGCGAGCUGUCCAGUACCAUCCACACCAUAGCUCCAAUGCCAGUGCAGGUAGCAGUCCCUCUUUCUGUGGGGACAAACUAUGCACAGCUAUUCAUUCAACUUCCAAGGGUGGGGCUGAUUGAUGGAGUCAAAGUGUGUGCCUGUCCUGGAGUUUGUGACAGUUUGUGUAAGGGAUCAUGCAGAUAUAUGUGUGACUGGCAUUCCCUCCCUGCUGAUGUUCCUACUGUAACCAUUAACAACCUUAACCCAGGAUCACAGUACCAACUCAGGGUAUACAGCACCACCCGACAGCAGACAGGACCUCCUUACUACACCAACCCCAUCAAAACAAGUCUGGCUCCUCCCAGCAGAGUGAGGGAAGGACUGGUGACGGAGUCAUCUGUUGAGCUGCUUUGGGAUGCAGCUGAAGGACAAGCUCAAAGCUAUGAGGUUGUUUGCCUCAACUGUGGUCACUCACUUAAGGUUCAGAAGGUGUUCGGUCAGAGUGCAGUGUUUUCUAGUCUGAGUCCAGGCUCACUCUAUCACUUUACUGUGCGGACAGAGAAGGAGUCCUUCGCUGACAGCUUGCCUGUCACAAUCAAUAUCACUGCUGCUCCAGGCCCAGUGGAGGUCUCUCUUGUCAAUAAAACCACAUCAUCCAUAUGCAUUAGCUGGAGUACAGCCAGGGGUCUGGUGAACACACACAUCCUGUCAAUCAAAAACAGGACAUCCAUUCAGGAGCUGAUCAUUUCUAAUCCAGAGCCCAGAUUAUAUAGCUUUGAAGACCUUGCUCCUGGAAGCCAGUACACCAUUGAAAUGAUUACCACCAGUGGGGAAAGACGAAGUAAACCCACUACUAUAAUCCUUUUUACCUCUCCAGAGGUGCCACAGGAUGUGAGUUUUUCAGAGCAAGCUGUAACAUUUGUGUUUGUCACCUGGAGCCCACCACCAGGACAGGUAGAGAAGUACAAGCUUCUUUUUGGCCUGCUGUCAUUGGACAGGAAGUCAUGGAUUGAGGAGCUUGUCCGGAGCACAAGCUAUGAGAUCAGGGAUUUGAUCCCAGGGUCAGACUAUGGUGUCAGUAUUCACAGUGUGCUGGGUUCAGACAUUAGUCAGGCAGCAAACAGACAGUUCAGCACAAGUCCAGCAGGAAUAUGUGCCCUUCGUUUAGAAAACACAAACUCUUCCUCUGUCACUGUCAGCUGGGUCAAUUCACCUGGAGAGUUUGACUUCCACAGAGUCACUGUGGCCAAUGCUUCAGUCACAAAAACACUUACAAUACCUAAAGAGGAGCAGGUUGCCGUGGUUACAGGUCUGCUAGAUGGUUGCAGCUACAACUUGACUGCUGAGAGGGUGAGAGGAGUGGCAGCAGGAAAUGCAGCCUUUCUGACUGUAACCACAGUGCCAACCCAUGUGCGAGGGUUUCGUGUGGUGAAUGUAUCUGCACGUGCUUUCUCGAUACGCUGGCAGCAGGCAGUGGGGUGUGUGGAUCAUUACCAAGUGAGCCUGCUACCAAACCAGGGAAAAGUCAUAUUUUACCCUGCACAUGACGGAUAUAUUCAGGUCAAUGUGGUGAAUGUGAGUCCAGGGACACAAUACACUGUGACAGUCACUGCAGCCUCCUCUUCUAACAUCAGCCCUGGAGUCAGCCGCAUGAUCAAUACCAAUGAGAGUGUUCCAGGUUCCCCUUUAAGCCUUGAGGGAGAAGCUGUUGGCUCUAAUGGUAUUAUGCUUUCCUGGAUCAUGCCAGCCGAUGCAAAAAAUAUUGAUGGAUAUGUCAUCAGGUACAAGGAGGUGUGUCCAUACCCCGAUCUUGCUUUCACAAAGGUGACUAAAUACCUGGACAUACCUGAGACUCUGCUCACUGACUUCACCUCAGGCUCUACAUACCACAUACAGGUAGCAGCUUUGUCUACAGCUGGAAUAGGAGCAUUCAGCAAACCUUUAUACAUAAAGACAGCUGAGUCACCUCCAGGCCUGGUGACAAAUCUGACGGCGUAUGCUCAUAACCACUCCUUUGUAAUGGUUACCUGGUUCUUGCCACACCGCAUCAAUGGUCUCAUCACAAAGUUUGCUGUCAAGGCGAAACACGCCCGUACAGGAAAGACAGUCCGCAUACUGGAGGUCAACACAGAGGACAUCAUGAUUGGAGCGCUGCCUCAUUGCAAUGAUGCGGCUGAAAUUUUGUCACGUGCAACUCUCAGUCCCUUGGAGAUAACAGCAUCAUCUCCACCCAUCACCCUCUCUGCUGUGCCCCCUGCAGCCUCUUGGCGUGUGCCCAUAUCAGUAGGAGUUGAUCAGCUGCAGCCUUACACUGCCUAUCUAUUUGAGGUGUCUGCCUUCACCUCAGAUGGAGAGGGACAGAUAGCCUCCACUAUGGUCCGCAUGCCAGAAUCAGCUCCAGAAGAUCCGCCACAAAACAUCUCCAUUCUGAAUAUGACAUCUAGAUUCAUUUCUGUGGCCUGGAAUGCUCCCAUCAUCACCACUGGAAAGUUCACCUACAUGCUCUACCUUUAUGGACCUACAGGUUUUUUGUAUGAAAACAGCACUUGGGACAUGCGUUUUGCCUUUACUGGUUUAACUCCCUACACAAGGUAUAAAGUUGUUGUCCGAGCAAAAGCUGCAGGAGAGGUGGGUCCAGCUGCACAGGAGGUAGUAAUGACACCUGCUGAAGCACCCAGUGCAGUGCAAAACCUAAUGGCCAUGGCUGAGGAUUCAGUUUCAGUUCGUGUGAGUUGGAGAAGCCCUGCCCAGCCCAAUGGUCUCAUAAUCCAGUACAGGCUGCAGGUCCUAGUGGAUGACAAUUUGCUGCAGGACAUCACCCUCACUGCAGAGAACACAACUGAUUUAUAUGAAGAUGAAACAUUUCCUCCUGAAGUCCAUAACAGUGCCAAGAGGAGUAAGAGAAAUGCUCAGCUCAGUGUCAUCACAUCUCCACCGACUUUCACAGCAACCAUUUCUGACCGCACACUGCCCACCAGCAUGACUGCUUCCAGCUUCACACACUCUAGACAUCAAAGCGUGGAUCACAUCGCUAACACUGAUGCUCAACCAACUACUGACAAGCCCGAACCUGGUUAUGAUUCCAAAUCUCAGUCAUCUGACAGUACAGGCUUUAGGACUUCUGCUUUUUCUGUUACCUCUAUGCCAACUGGUACGCUUCCACCCUGGCUGACAGACCAAUCCCACAUAGAGAAGGUGACGUCACACACCUCCACUUUAGAGGUGACACCAGGCCAGCUGCGCUUGCCUGUACAUGAUGCUUUAGUGACGGGGCACUAUUCAACACGCAGUGCAGAAGUAUCUGGAACUACAGGUGUAACAGUGAGAGAGGAAGUAAUGGACAUUUUGUCUGAGGAGUUGUCUUACUUGGUGUCAGAUCUGAGCCCUUUUACCGAGUACACAUUCAGAGUCACUGCUUCCACCACUGUGGGAGAGGGUCCUGCUACAGAUAUCACAGAGAAGACCAGGGAGCAGGUCCCCAGCUCUGUUCUUGAAGUGUCUUAUCAAAACAUAAGCUCCACCUCCAUACUAGUGAGCUGGGUGCCACCGCUCACUCCCAAUGGACGGAUCACACAUUACACUGUGUACGCUUUCAAACUGCCUGAGAAUCAAGCCCAGAUGUGGGUUUCUGACACCACAAGCAUACUAAUAACAGAUUUGGAAAAAUACACUGGCUAUAGGCUGCGUGUUGCUGCAUCUACUGCUGUGGGAGAGAGCUCUCUGUCAGAAGAGGAUGACAUUUUUGUCUACACCUUGGAGGAUGAGCCUGACUCCCCCCCUGAGAACCUCACAGUGGUAGAAAGCAGCCCCUCAACUGCCACUCUGACCUGGUCUGCGCCAGAAAAAGCUAAUGGGUUGAUCCAGUAUUAUGAGGUCUUGUAUGACAACGAAUCCUACUCUGCACUGUUUAACACCACCUUGAACAGAAUCACACUCGUCAAUCUGAAGCCGUUCUCCAAUUACAACAUUUCUGUGAGGGCUUAUACGCGUUAUGGAUAUGGCAACCAAACGUCAGACACUCUAUACCUGCUAUCUGGAGAAGAUGUUCCAGGCAGUCCUCCAUAUGGCCUCUCCUAUGAGUCAGUCAGUCCCAGUGAAGUGAACAUGACUUGGCAACCUCCUCUGCUGCCUAAUGGGGUCAUAACUCACUACAGUCUUGAGCUCUGGAACUCUACACACUAUCUGAACCUCACCUCUCCAACCAAUUUCAUCCACAUCACGCACCUGAGGAAGUAUGCACAAUACCGCGUUGUGGUUCAAGCACACACUCGAGCUGGGCCAGGAAACCACAGCAGCGAGCCGCUCAACAUCACCACACUUGAGGAUGCUCCAGACACACCCCCUCAGUUCCUGCAUGCCAAGAAGUUAUCAGACUAUGAGGUAGAAUUGUCAUGGCAACCACCACUUGAAGCUAACUCAGAGAUAUUGUACUACAUUGUCAGAGUUUGGAAUGAAACAACUGAACUGUGGCAGAAUACAACAAUGACAUCAGUGGUUAUUAAUGUGGACUCAGAAAGUCGCUACAAUGCCACUGUCUCCAGCUGGACCAGACUGGGAGAUGGAGGAGUGCUGAUUUCCAUCAGCUUUUCCACCACUGAAGCAGAGCCAACUGACCCACCGCAGAAUAUAACUUAUGGAAAUGUGACUGCUUCUUCUGUGACCUUGAUGUGGUUUCCUCCAACUGAACCAAAUGGGAUUAUAGUCCACUACACUAUUUACUACGCACAUAACAACACUGUGACAGAAGAGAAAGUUCCUGUUUCAGACUUACCUGACCUUGCCUCUCCUGAUUCACCCUUCGUUUACACACUGGCUCGGCUGAUUGGGGGCACUAACUACAGUUUGUGGAUGACUUCCAGUACUAUACAGGGUGACGGAGAGGUCCAGUCCGAGCCAUUAACACUGCUCUUACCUGAGGACGUGCCAAGUGACCCGGUCUCAAACUUGACAGCUCAGAUCUUCAGCUCCACAGCAAUCAUUGUGAGCUGGGAUCCUCCCACAGAGCCAAAUGGUCGUCCCUAUUACCUGCUCACCUUACAGGAGGCCGGCAUCUUCCCAAACAUGACCAGCCAAGGGACUCCAGCUAUCAACAAGACUAUCAAGCAUACCACAACCGACAAUGUCUUCCUUUUUACAAGGCUCAGGAAGUAUUUCCCUUAUGUGCUUACUGUUACCCCAGCAACUGGUGCCGGCCCUGCUUACAACCAGACCAGUACAAUGUACCUGAGAACAGAUGAUGACAUUCCUAGUUCUGCUCCAGUGUUGGUGUCCACCAGGAACAUAUCUUCAUCCUCCAUCGCUGUGGUCUGGGAACGCCCUCUGGAGGCCAAUGGGGAGAUAACAGAAUACACCCUCACUCUAUCUGGUCCAGGGGGCUCCAGCACAACCCAGACUCUCAAUACCUCAGUCAUUCUGACUAACCUAAUCCCAUACACAGCUUACAAUCUCACCAUUAUAGCUGCAACACGUAAAGGUGCAGGGCCUCACCUACUGCUGCAGCUGCACACUGAUGAAGGCGGCCCUAUGUCCCCUCCCCUUAACCUGACUAUAUAUAACCAGACAGCAGUGUCUGUGUGGCUGACCUGGGAGCCUCCUCUGGAGCCCAAUGGAGUGGUGAUAAAGUACGGAUUCCGGAUCCAAGACCUCAUCACACACACCGUCACACAUCGGAAUUCCUCUAGUUUGUCGACCAUGGAGUAUCUGUCAGGCUUCAGGCCUCAUAGCUCCUAUGAGAUCAGUGUCUACAGUUAUACCAGAGUGGGCCAUGGGAAUCAGUUCAGCAGCCCUGUUACCUUCACAACGAAUGAAUCAGUGUCUGAUGCUGUAGGUAACCUGUCUUGCUCUGGAGUGAGCUGGGAUUCAAUUCAGCUGUCUUGGGAAAUUCCUGCCAACCCAAACGGACAAAUCCUCUUUUUUGAGAUUGUAGUAGUGGUAGACUUGCAGACCAGCACACACGAGGUUUACACACCAGAGUACGAAUUGACUGGGCUGUCACCAGACCAGGAGUACGUGAUCACUGUAGCUGCAGUCAACUCUGCGGGGCCAGGAGACAGAGUAAACUGCACCGCUUCCACCCUCUCUGAAUCAGCUCCAGCUGCCCCUCGUUUCCUCACCAUCUCUAAGGUCACCCCUAGCAAUGUGACACUUGAGUGGGCUCCACCGCACUCCAUUCCAGGCCUGCUGAAAGAGUACCACAUCGUUGCACAGCUGCUUUCAACUGUUUGUGAAGCAAACAUACCAACUGCCGCUCAGCCAAAGCCAGAGGACGAGCUGAUCCCAGACUGUGUGGCCAACACCUUCACAGUGUCAGUAAAUGCCUCAGAUAAUGCUAAAGACAGCAGCAUUACUCUGCAUUCUUUGGCGAAAUACAGAUACUACCGCUUCAAAGUAGCUGCUGUGACCAACGCUGGAACUGGAGAAUAUACACACUGGAGCUACACACGCACCCUGGCUGGAAACCCUGAUGCUCCCCCCCGUAACCUAAAACUGACCCCCACCUCCACCAGCCUUCGCAUUACAUGGGAGGCUCCAGCUGUUCUCUCAGGACCAACAUCCUAUCUUGUGCAGGUGAAUGGUCCUGGUGUCAACUUUUUAACAGUCCGUGCCCCAGGAGAGCUGAUGACUGUCAUUGUGACUAACUUGACAGCGUUCACCCAUUACACUGUGACUAUAACUGCCUUCACUGGGUCAUUAGAGCAUGCUACCAUUGAUGGGAAGGCCAUUGGGCCUAUUUACUUUCAGACACUGGAGGAAGUGCCAAAAGACCCUCCCAAGAAUGUGACAGUCUCAAUUAUCCCAAAGAACGUGAACUCUGUGAGGGUGAGCUUCAAUCCCCCAGAGGAGCCCAAUGGAAACAUAACUGCCUACAUUGCGUAUGUGUACGAGAACAAUCGACUGGUCACAAACGUCAGCCUCAGUAUCACUCAUGGAGAAAAUAACACACUGUUUGCUGUCAUAAAUGGCCUUAACGGAGGGCACACCUACAAUAUACAGAUUUCAGCAAGGAACGGGGCAGGCAGGAGCCCAUUCAGUCAACAUGUCCAGAUAACUACAGAGAUCAAAGCCCCGUCCAAGCCAAACCAAAGACCCAAGGUAGUGCUCGACCAUAGAGGGGUUGCCAUGGUAACGAAAAGGAGUAUCAUCAUCCAGAUGCCUGCUUGUUUCUAUAGUGACGAAAACGGACCAAUUGAAAAAAUCCAGGUCAUCGUGGCCGAAUCGGGGGUGAGGGACCAUGAAAACCUGACCAACUGGAGGGCUGCGUUUUUUAUUCGUCCUUCCCCUUACCUGACUGACACUGGAUUCCCCAACCCACCUUGUUUACUGAGGGUUGAGGAAGAACGUAUGAAUAUACGUGUCAGAAGUGGUCACGAUGUGACUCGAAAUGGCCCAUCACUGGUGAGGGGCAACAACACUACAGCAGAGACCUACGAGAUCGGAGAGAAUGAUGCUUGCAACAUGACGAACAACCCUAAUGAGUACUGCAAUGGACCUCUGAAACCCAACACUGUCUAUGUGUUUAAGUUCAGAGGUACUAACAUUAAAGGCCAAUACACAGACUCUGAUUACUCGGACCCCAUCAGAACUGCAGCAGACGGGCUGUUGACCAGAGAAGAGCAGAUCAUUCUGGGUGUUCUGCUGUCGUUCUUCUUGGCUGUGUUACUCAUCAUCAUCAUCUGUGUCUCUGUCAAGAUCCAUCAGCGUAAGAAGGAGGGUGGGACUUAUUCGCCCAGGGAGGCAGAGAUCAUAGAAACAAAGUGUAAGCUGGAUCAGCUAAUUGCUGUAGCCGAUAUGGAGCUGAAACAAGAAAAGCUCAAUCGGUAUUCUUCCUUCUUCUUUAGGAGGAAAGAGAUUUAUGUCAUCCAGCUGCUCAGCUACAGGAAGUCACUCAAGCCUGUCAACAAGAAGUCUUUUCUGCAACAUGUAGAGGAUCUGUGUGCCAAUGACAAUGCCAAGUUCCACGAGGAGUUUGCGGAGCUCCCAAAGCUGCUGCCAGACUUGGCAACUACAGAUGCUGACCUGCCUUGGAACAAAUCCAAGAAUCGCUUCCCCAACAUCAAACCCUACAAUAACAAUCGAGUGAAACUACUUUCAGAACCAGGCACUGCAGGCUCAGACUACAUCAAUGCCAGCUUUGUCUCAGGUUACCUGUGUCCAAACGAGUUUAUAGCUACCCAGGGUCCUCUGCCCGGCACAGUGGCUGACUUUUGGAGAAUGAUCUGGGAAACAGGAACCCGCACCAUCGCCAUGCUCACACAGUGUUAUGAGAAAGGCAGAAUACGGUGUCAUAAGUACUGGCCUGAGGACAACAAGCCAAUGACAGUGUUUAGUGAUAUUCUCAUCUCUAAAGUAUCAGAGGAAGUCCUUCCUGACUGGACUGUGAGAACCCUGAAAGUGGAAAAGCAUGGUCACUACAUUUUGGUCAGACACUUCAACUAUACAUCGUGGCCUGAACACGGGGUUCCUGAGUCCUGCAGCACCCUCAUAAAGUUUGUCAAAGCUGUCCGAGCACAUCGGCAUGACAACACCACCAUAGCAGUCCACUGCAGUGCUGGUGUGGGAAGAACAGGUGUGUUUAUUGCUCUGGAUCACCUGAUUCAGCACAUCAGAGAUCACGACUUUGUAGAUAUCUAUGGGCUGGUGGCUGAACUGCGCAGUGAGAGGAUGUGUAUGGUACAGAAUCUGGCCCAGUACAUCUUCCUACAUCAAAGUACACUGGAACUUCUUAACAACAAAGGCAACAGCCAAUCCAUCUGGUUUGUUAGCUACUCUGCUCUCGAGAAGAUGGACUCCCUGGAUGCCAUGGAAGGUGAUGUUGAACUAGAAUGGGAGGAAACCACUAUGUAAAAGACUGACAAAAGGACUCCUGUGAGUAUUUUUUCCAUGGUCAAUAGCACAUGGCUUGUGCACAGACUCUUGGCAGGACCACCUCUCACAAGCAAAGUUAAAAGCUGAGGAAGAAGGAACAGGAAGCAAAUAAUACUUUGUUGUUCCACUUCAAAACCCAUUCUCAGCCCAGUCCUCACUUUAAAGCACAACUUGUCAACUUGUUUUCAAAGAGAGGGAGAGAAACACAAGGGGAUGCAGGGAUGAAGACUUCCAGCAAUGACAGGGACAGAAGAGAGUAGAUGAGCUAAUUGUGAGAGCUCUAUCUCAUCUGUAAGCUUACAGAUACUUUGCACAAACUGAUGAUCACUGUGUACAGCAUCACUUUAAUAUGGUGAUGUCAGUGUUUUUGUAAGAUAAUUUAUUUAGCCAAAACGGUAUUGUUUUUUCAGUGUCUUUGUAACUCUGCCUGUUUUAAUGGGUUAUUUAUCCUGUCUGAAGAGUGAUUUGAAGAAUAAAAGUACUUUCCUUUUUA